AUGAGUGUGCGGAAAGCGCAUAACUCUGGUCGUAACCAUUUGAGGAACGUUGUGGAGUACUAUCAGCAGAUUGGCCAAGAGAAGGCUCAAUCGGUCAUUGACUCCAUCACCUCCUCCUACGCUGCAGAAGGCCAGCCCCUCCCCAAUCCCGCUAUGGUGCCCGGUGCAUUCCCCCCGCCAUUCGGCUUCCCAGGAAUGCUGCCUCGUAUGUCCAACCAUCCAGGAGGAACCCUCCAUUUACCAGAGCCUCUCUUUGGUGUCCCAGCUAAUCAAUUCUUUUCUCCUUGGUCAGCCCCCGGCGCUCAUGGUCUUCCUUUCCCACCUCCAUUCCCCGGCGCUUCAGGAACCCCGCCAACAGGAGGCUUCCCUCCCCCUGGCGCACUCCCUAACAUGCCUCCUGGCGCAGGAAACCUCCCUCCCCCUCCAGGUGGCUUCCCCGCAAACUUCCCCAUGCCCAUCCCCGGAGGCGGUUUCCCCCCGAUGCCUAUGCCCGGUAUGUCGAAUUCGCCAAUUCCUUCUGGCCCCCGCGGGUCAGAGGGCUACCCCAUGCCUCCCAGAGGCGGGCCUCCUCCGGGAAUGGAUGAAAAAUGGUAA